AUGGCCACCAUUCUCAACGGCAGCAUGAACGGGUUAAGCCUUCAGUCCGCUUCUGGCGCCAAACCUAUCGAGCUCUCGUUUCCUCUACCAGAUGCUCCUACAACUCACGUUAAUCUUCACCUCACGGACAACCAGAACUCUUUGCUGGUCUUCCUCACAACUUCCACGACGGAGUCUGCUUCUGGCACUGCUCCUCUCGGCAGCUUAAUCUACGCCAUACCAAACACAUCAAACCCUCGUGCCCUGCCACUUACUACCCCUCUCGUCCCUCACGCUUCUACACAAGAUUUCGCAACCCGUGUGGCCACUGCUCUAGCACGGAAAGUUAGCAAACCCGUAUAUGUCGGCAGCUCGCUGUCUUUCUCAAAUGCCGCUCUAGGAGGGGUCGUGGAGGAGGAGAUGCGUGGUCUCAGUCGUUGCAUCGAUGUCAUUGUACGCUGCGUUGAUGGCAAGAUUUCUCAUUCGGUCGUAUGA